UCACCAGUGUAUGCAUAAGCCCUGCUAUUGUCUUACUGCUAUAACAGGGCUGGGGAUUGCAGUAUCCGCUGUUGCUGCUGAUCCCAGUCUUGCCCCUGCUGCUACCUAGUCCUGCCUCCCUGCAUCCCAGAAGAGCCACGUCGGCCUGCCUUUCCGUGUUGGAUUUUCCAAAACAGCUCUUCGGUUUUUGGUGCUGUAGGAGACCUUGCUUUUCAAUCACACGGGAGAACACUGAAGCUUGUAAGAGGAGAAUCUGGCAGCUGGACACAGCUUGGACUGCAUUGUCUGUCUUCAUGACCUCUGCUGUGUAGCAGCUCAUCUCUCCACUCUCACACGUACACUCUCCUCGAUUUUUCUUCCUUCCUUUUUUUCCUUUCUUCUAAUCUUUUAAAAGCAGCCUCUGGAGCCAGCCAUGUUUGGCACUGAAUCUUCAUUGAGCAUGUUUUUGAACACAUUAACACCGAAGUUCUACGUGGCCCUGACAGGCACUUCCUCACUAAUAUCAGGGCUUAUUUUGAUAUUUGAAUGGUGGUAUUUUCGCAAAUAUGGAACAUCAUUCAUUGAACAAGUCUCAGUAAGCCACUUGCGCCCCCUUCUGGGAGGGGUUGACAACAACUCCUCCAACAAUUCUAACUCCAGUAAUGGGGACUCAGAUUCCAACAGGCAAAGCGUCUCAGAAUGCAAAGUAUGGCGAAAUCCACUAAAUUUAUUUAGGGGUGCUGAAUAUAAUCGGUACACUUGGGUGACUGGACGAGAGCCUCUGACUUACUAUGACAUGAACCUCUCUGCGCAGGACCACCAGACAUUCUUUACUUGUGACUCGGACCAUCUGCGUCCUGCAGAUGCAAUAAUGCAGAAAGCCUGGAGAGAGAGAAACCCCCAAGCUAGGAUUUCUGCAGCCCAUGAAGCCUUAGAGAUAAAUGAAAUUAGGUCCAGAGUUGAAGUUCCCCUAAUUGCUUCCUCUACCAUCUGGGAGAUAAAAUUAUUACCAAAGUGUGCAACUGCUUAUAUUCUCUUGGCUGAAGAAGAAGCAACAACCAUUGCUGAAGCAGAAAAGCUGUUUAAGCAGGCCCUGAAAGCUGGAGACGGCUGUUACCGGCGUUCUCAGCAGCUACAGCAUCAUGGAUCCCAGUAUGAAGCCCAACAUAGACGAGACACCAAUGUCUUGGUCUACAUCAAAAGAAGGCUAGCAAUGUGUGCCAGAAGACUCGGGAGGACCAGAGAAGCAGUGAAAAUGAUGAGAGAUUUAAUGAAGGAGUUCCCUCUCCUGAGCAUGUUCAACAUCCAUGAAAACCUUUUAGAAGCCCUUCUGGAACUACAAGCAUAUGCUGAUGUUCAGGCAGUCUUAGCAAAGUAUGAUGAUAUAAGCUUACCAAAGUCGGCAACAAUAUGCUACACAGCGGCCUUGCUCAAAGCAAGAGCUGUCUCUGACAAAUUCUCUCCCGAGGCUGCAUCUCGGCGGGGGCUGAGCACAGCAGAGAUGAAUGCAGUAGAGGCCAUUCAUAGAGCUGUGGAAUUCAAUCCUCAUGUGCCAAAAUACCUACUAGAAAUGAAAAGCUUAAUCCUGCCCCCAGAACAUAUCCUGAAGAGAGGGGACAGUGAAGCAAUAGCAUAUGCGUUCUUUCAUCUGGCACACUGGAAGAGGGUAGAAGGGGCUUUGAAUCUUCUGCAUUGUACGUGGGAAGGCACUUUUCGGAUGAUCCCUUAUCCCUUGGAAAAGGGGCAUCUAUUUUAUCCUUACCCCAUCUGUACAGAAACAGCAGAUCGUGAGCUGCUUCCAUCUUUCCAUGAAGUCUCAGUUUACCCAAAAAAGGAGCUUCCCUUUUUUAUCCUCUUUACUGCUGGAUUGUGUUCCUUCACAGCCAUGCUGGCCCUCCUGACACAUCAGUUCCCGGAACUCAUGGGGGUCUUUGCGAAAGCUUUCCUCAGCACUUUGUUUGCCCCCUUAAACUUUGUCAUGGAGAAAGUGGAAAGCAUCCUCCCAUCCAGUCUAUGGCACCAGCUGACUAGGAUCUAGGGAAGCCCACCCGUUCUUCCACUCACCUCACCCAGUGGGCUGCCACCAUCUCUUCGUGCCAACUCCUUGUGGACUGCAAGAAAGCAUGACUUUGAAAAAGGGAAGCCAUUCCGAGAUUUUAAAACCUUCAUGGACUGUCUGUUCCAUAUUAAAAGCUGUUUUUGUUGUACAAAAUUCAUUGAUGUUCAGUUCUAUUAUAUUUUGCUUUCAGAAAAGAAAAAAGUCAAAAAUAAACUUUUGUGUAUUGCAGCAACCAGUUGUGUCUUCCAGCCCUAAAGCUGUUGGUGUCCAAAUAAACCUGCAGGUUACAUUUAAUUUACUAAGGCCCCAAAUCUGCUCAGUGCAACACAAUGGUUUUCUAUGCUAAUGGAACUCCUUUCACCAGGCCCUCGGCACCCCUACGGUUGGUAGCUUAGAAAAUAGACUCUCUUUGGCUAAAAAGUACCAUCUUUUUCAGCCCCAAACUGUAUGUCCUCAUAGGCUAAAUGCACAAAAGAAAUUUCCAGCAUGAAUGACAGGAAGCAUGAAUGAAACGAAAUGUAUGUGCCAUCCCAGGUUGUUCCAAUUCAGAGACUCUACUCACGGAAUAGAACUCAGCACUGUGGUUCUAGGAAUCAUUUUACUUCUGCUUUCUGAAAACUUGUCGUGAGAAAAAAAGUUCUGAUGAGAGCUACAGAGCCAAUAGUCUAUUGUAGGACCUGAUCACUUUCAACAUUGCCAUUUUUUAAAUGUUUUCUCAUAAGGGUCAUUUUUUUUUUUAUCAUGUUUUCAUUCUUGAUGCUUGCGUGUGAGCGUUCUCUGAGUGUUUCCAUGAUCUGAACCAUAGUGGUCGUUUGUCUUCACCAUCUUUGAAAGCCUUCUACAUGAGUCACACCUGCCAAGCAUCUCUUUUUUUUUCUUUCUUUAACAUCUUUAUUGGAUUAUA